CAGUAGCAGUCGGUGGUGAAGCCGAGGGCACUCGGAGAAAGCGAGUUGUUUGGUUCCUCCUCCGUCCCUUCUUUCAUCUGCGAGUUGCCAAGAUGUCACGUCUGUGCGAUGAUGGUUCACCGCGUCCAUAGUGGCGCAUAAGAUGACAUCUGAACGAGCAACGCGAGCCCUCAUGCCCAGCUAUGCAUCCCGCACUCCACAACUCGAGUGCAACAUCCAUCAUCGCAUACAACACAACAGCCGCGGACCUCGGCGAAAGCAACUCUCGGCGCGCAGAACGCCGGUGCGCCGGCUGUGUCUCAUAAACCCACGCCCCCCUCUCUCUCUCCAGCCACCAUGUCCAUCCCAUCAACACACACCGCCUGCGUCUCCGACGAGAUCGGCACCUACCCCACCCUGCGCGCCGUCGCGACGCCGCAGCCCGCCGCGCUCGGGCCGGGCCAAGCGCUCGUCCGCCUCGCCUUCUCGGGCGUGUGCCACUCCGACGUCGCCCUCUCCAUGGGCGAGGGGACGCACGCCCCCGUCGCCCCCAUAAUCUCGGGGCACGAAGGCGUGGGCCACGUCGUCGCGCUCGGCCCCGGCGCGCGGUGCGCGCUCGGCGCCCGCGUCGGCGUCAAGUUCAUCGCGGACACGUGCAUGUCCUGCCCCGCCUGUCUCGACGGCGACGACAUGUACUGCGCAGAGGUCUCGAUCGCGAGCAUCUCGCGCGACGGCACGUUCCAGGAGUACAUUGCCGUGGCGGCGGCGCACCUCGUGCCCAUCCCCGCGGGCGUGCCGCUGCACGUCGCCGCGCCCAUCCUCUGCGCCGGGCUGACGACGUACAAGGCGCUCGUGGGCGCGGGGCUGCGGCCGGGCGCGUGGGUCGCCGUCCCCGGCGCGGGGGGCGGGCUCGGACACCUCGCGGUGCAGUAUGCCCUGGCGAUGAAUCUGCGCGUGGUCGGCAUCGACUCGGGCGACAAGCGUGCGCUGGUCGAGGGGUAUGGGGCGGAAUUUGUCGAUUUCCGCCACGGAGGCGUGGUGCAGGCCGUCAAGGCGGUUACGGGGGGUGGCGUGCAGGCUGCGAUUGUUACGGCGGGGGUUAUAGAGCCUUAUCAGCAGGCCCUCGAAUACCUCGCCCCCCGCGGCGUCGUGGUCUGCGUUGGCCUUCCGGCCUCCGGCACGAUUGCCGUCGACCCAUGCCGCAUGGUCACUGAGGGACACAGGAUCAUCGGCAGCGCCGUAGGCAACCGCCGCGACUGCGCCGAGGCGCUGGCACUCGUCGCGCUCGGUAAAAUCAAGGUCGAGCUCGAGGUGCGGCCCAUGAGCGCCAUCAAGGAGAUAUACCAGGAGCUUGAGAAGGGCGCGAUCAAAGGCCGUGUCGUCAUUGACAUGCGGCAGCAGGCUCAGCCGUGGUAGAUAUCUGUACAACGCUGUAGCCAUGUUACAAGAUGCCGGGAAUUUCUUGUGCAAGGUAUUAGUACAACGCUGCAUGUAUUGUUACAUAUGUAGGACGGUCGUCGUUGCCUCGCCUGGAGGCUCCGCCUACGACCCAAAGUCAUCCACGUGCCGGCUCGCCUUGCGCCCCGC